AUGACCACUUCAGCGAGACGCCAGCUCUUCAGGCGCUCCAAAGCUGGAUGCUGGAAUUGCCGCUCCAAGAAGAAAAAGUGCGACGAGCUUCGUCCCCACUGCACCCGCUGCGUGCGCGCUGGCGAAGGCUGUCGCUAUCCGGAUGGCAGCUCUGAGUCGCUCCACGAACACAACGGCCCCAUCUCGUCCAACGACUACACUUCUCCCUCCAUGGCCUCGUCAUCUUCGUACCCCAACAGCUUGUCCAUGCACGCCUCGCCCAUGCUCUCGCGCUCGUCGUCCACCUCGGGCUACCCUUCCCAGCAUCUCGCUCGUCGCGCCCAGCAUUCGUCCUACCACCAUCACCCUUACGUUCCAUCCUCGGACCAUCAUGCUCCGCAUUCGCAUCGCGACUACCACGCCCAACGUCCCCUCUCUCAUCAGUCACCCACCUUACCUGCAGCUCCCGGUCCACUUCCGCCCUACUACGCUAGCUCCCACCCCGCGCAGCAGCCUCAGCUACCUCAGCAACAGUUCCCGCCUCCACCACUCUCCGCAAGUGCAGCCGCCGAGUGGGAUCGCGCUUCGGAACAGCACCUCUUCAAGCGCACCAGGUACGAUGACUUUCCAUCGUCUUCCUCAUCCACCUCGUCUACGCUUGCCUACCAUGAUGCUCGCUCUCGUCAGCCCUUCGACACUCAUCACCGUAUCCCUUCGAACCACAGCCAGUCCAGCAGCAAGGGCAAGGGCCGAGAGCCACUGCCUUCCAUCUCGCCGCAUCAGCCCAACUCGGUCUCAACGGCUCCUUCCGCUUCGCACGCAUCCUUCAACAACCUCUCACCUCCGUCUCAGCGCUCCAUGACUUCGCCCAACGCUGCAAGCCGUUCCGCCGACACGUCACCUGCCACCCGACCUAGCCCCGUCGUCGCUCAUAGCUACAGGUAUCCGUCCGCUGCAGCGCCAACCCUGGAUCGAAUCGACCCUGAUUCGUACGCGCCAGCUCCGACCGCCUUGCAGAUCAAUCACACCUCCGCAACAGUCUCGUCCCGCGCCGACGGCUCAGAAGCACACUACAACGCACCUCCUAGCCCUUCGCCCCGGCCUUCGUCGAGCUCCUCGCAGUCUCGCCACAAGCUCGUGUUCGACUAUACCUCGACCGACCCCGAUCCGGAGGAACUCUUGGCCGCCAUCCACUCGCUUCCGCGGUCGGUAGUGACGCAGCAGACCAAGGGUGCACAUGCCUACUUUGACCUUCUUCGAGGCAUUGCCGGUUUAACUCAAGGGCAGGCGAUGGCGCACGCUCUAGCAGCCGUGGUUGCUUCCCAACAAGCCAGCUCUGAAGGAAACAGCGAGGCAGCGUCAGCAAAAAACACUGCUCCAGCAAAGAAGAGCACGGCAACGAUGGUGGAAUUGGCCAAUCGUCACCACCUCUCGGCGGUGAAAGCGCUUCAGACUCAGCAUCAGCCUAGUCGACGCCGUCGCUUCUCGAUUAUCGAGACCAAUUCCAACAACAGUGCUGACGAGCUCCCGCCGGGCAGCAAUGCAGCGACCAUGAUUCUACUCAUCUUUGCCUGCAGCUCCAUCGGCAAGUCACUCAUGCUGCCCUCAUACUUCAACCAGUGCGAGCAGUUCCUCGCCGACGCCGUUGAGCACGUUUCCACGCAUCGUCUCUUUCCAUCGGUCAGUGGCGAGGUCAUCGUCGGGACGCCCGAAGAUCCUCCCGCCUUGCAAGCUGACAAACUCUCUCACCACGGCGGACUCCUGUUGCUCGGCUGCAUCGCCGGCCUAUACGAAUGCUACCUGUCGCAGUACACUGCUAUUACCGACUGGGACUACAACCCGGCUCGCCUCAAAAGGCUCUCGCCGUUCAACUGGAGCAAGUCGGAUGCGGCCGUCUUUUACGAGACGCGCAACAGUGUUGCCGAGACCUUGUUCAGCGUGUCAAUGGUUACGCUCGAGCUCGUCAUCGAGACUCUGGAUACAAUGCGGAAGUUAAAGCGAGCCGAGGCUGUUGCUUACGGCAAUCGUAAGAGCAGCCGCAGCGAAGCUGAAGAUGGCACAGCAGCUCUCAAUAGUCUCGCACUGAGGGAAGAACUGGGUUUGGUUAUCCGCGAUCUCGAGACCGGUUCCUUCUGGAAAGGCGCCGCGCGCACCUUCAGCGAAGCCGAACAGCUCUCGGUGCUAAACAGCCUCCAGGGAUGCACAGAGCAAACCGCAGCGGCAAGAAACGACGACGAGCAGUGCACCGAUCGAGGCGACGACACUUCAAGCAGUCCGGUCACCAAGGCGUUCAAGUCAGGUUCGCUCUUCCUGCCUUCGUCCUCGGGCGAGCAGAAGCAGGUGGUCAACCGUCUUCGUCUCGCCAACCAUCUGUAUCGCAAUGCCUUGCUGGUCGAUUUGUACGUGACUGUGUUCAAUCGACCACCUUCGAGUCUCGCCGUUCGCGAGAUUGUCUCUCGCAGCAUUGGCUUGCUCGCAGCAGUACCGGACAAGCUCGAGCUUGGCCUCGUAUGGCCGGCCAUCGUCCUUGGAUCUUACGCCCGCGACGAGCCGGAGCGCGACCAGGUACGUAGCUUUGCGAGGCGUGCGCAAUGGAAAGGCUCGGCGGGGGUAUCGUCUGCGGCGGAUGUGCUCGAGCGCGUCUGGUCUAACGAGUCUGACUCGUGGAGGGACAGCGUCACCUACUUCGGCAGUCCCUUGAUAUUCUAA